AUGGGGGCCACUUUCAACACGGAACUCUUGAAUGCUGUUGGACGACUGAUGGGCGACGAAGCUAUUCGAAAGGAGGUAAACGUAGCGUUGGCCCCAACAGUAUGCAUUCAGCGGUCGCCGUUACUCGGCCGAGGGUUUGAAGCUUUCGCUGAAGACCCUAUUCUCAGCGGCAGACUCGCGGCGCAGAUAAUUGAGGGGAUCCAGAGUCGUGGCAUCAGUGCCUGCAUCAAGCACUAUGCAGCGCAUGAUCAGUCGGCAAAGGGCCUCGAAGACAACAUUCACAUGAGCCUGCGGACACUUCGCGAGGUCCACUUACUACCGUUCCAAGUGGCUAUGACUACAUCGAAGCCAUGGGCGGUGAUGACGGCGUACCAGAAAAUCAACGACAUUCAUGCCAGCGAAGACCCUUUCCUCAUUCAACAAGUACUACGUGCUGAAUGGGGCUUCCAAGGACUCGUGAUGAGCGAUUGGUGGGGUACGUAUAGCACGUCAGAAGCCAUCAACGCAGGCCUUGACUUGGAAAUGCCGGGACCAAGCAUCUUCAGGGGCAAACAACUCCAAACAGCUGUUGAGGCGCGCAAAGUGUCUGAGAAGACUAUCGACAACUCCGUGAGGCGACUUCUACGAUUGGUUCAACAGACCUAUGCUCGGAGUUUGCCUGUUGUACAAAGUGGUGGCAACACACUCGAGAGUCAGGCUACGAUGCGGAAGGUAGCUGGGGAGUCAAUCGUUCUCCUCAAAAACGAUCGCUCAAUUCUGCCACUAGCUAAAGACAGCGGUAAAAGCUACGGUUUAAUCGGCAAGCUUUUCGAAACGCCAGCGACUGCUGGUGGCGGCAGCUCGGAAACUCUGCCUUUUUAUGUGAGUGCGCCUCUUGAUGCUAUCAUCGAGGCCGUCGGAGACGAGAGAGUUCAGUAUGAGCCCGGAUACAACUGUAUGCUACCCCAAGUAACCCUUGGCUUCAACUGA